AUGAGCGGCAGCAUUCUCGACCCGGACCCGGUGUUUGUUUUCGAUGCCCCCGUCUCAGCGAAGCGACACGAACACUUAUUUGAAGAUGUAGUUGUCCUUCGAGGAAAGAACUUUAACCCAGAUCACCCAUCCGGCGCCAACUGGGUUCGAGGGCUCGAGCAGCAAAACAAGACCAAUGUAGACUGGAAUGACCACUUUUAUCGCCAGCGCCUGCGCGCGCUACAGGCGGUCGAUGAGCUAGUGGAUGGCCUUUUCCACCGCUUGGAACAGCUCGAUUUGCUGGACAACACGUACGUCGUAUACAGCAGCGACAAUGGUUUUCACAUCGGGCAGCAUCGCCUGCAGCCGGGAAAGUCCUGCGGGUAUGAAGAAGAUAUCAACAUUCCCCUGAUUGUCUGUGGCCCCGGGGUUGCUGCAAACCACUCAACCGAUAUCGUCACCAGUCACACCUACCUUGCUCCGACGUUCUUUAGCUUACUAGGAAUGCCACUCCGCGAUGACUUUGAUGGAAGGGCAUUUCCUGUCACUGAAAGCGGCCUGCUUGCUGCACACGAUCGUACCACGAGCACAUCAACGUCGAAUAUUGGGGAUUCGCUGGCGGCGAGGGAAUAUAUCACGUUGCACGAGAAUAAUACCUACAAGGCGAUUCGAAUUGUGGGUUCCGGCUAUAACCUCUACUACUCGAUAUGGUGCAACAACGAGCAUGAGCUCUAUGAUAUGGAGCUCGAUCCAGGUCAACUUGACAACCUGUUUUUAUCUACUUCCGCCGAGCCUGCCAGCACUGAAGCACGCGUUGCCGACUUGCCCAUAUUAAAGGUGAUGGCCCGGCUAGAUUCACUCCUAUUCGUGCUCAAAUCAUGCAAGGGACAGACAUGCAGGAAGCCAUGGCAGGCCCUGCAUCCUGACGAUGAUGUUUAA